AUGCUUGGCUGUAGUUCUGUGUUCGUAAUUCCAGAUAGCGUUACAUGUCAGCCUUCAAAGUGUUCCUUAGUUAAGCUAAAACAUCCAAGAUCAGAUGUACCUUGUUUGUAUCUCUGGGAUGGUCAGUCUUCAGAGCUUUUCGAAAUUCAGAAAAUAGAAGAAAAAUGUCGUUCUUGGAUACUUGGUGAAAAUGUCAAAUCUGAUGGUGGAAUGUACGUUUGUAGUCGAAUUGACCCUCUCUUCUUCUUCAUAUCAUUCUGCAGAAAAAAUGACAAGUUUAUUUCAUGGGAUGCCAUUUUGGGUGAAAUUGGUGGAUGUUUCGAUGUCUUCAACAACAUUCCCAACAUAGAAACUCGUCUUGAAGAAAUUUGUGACAAAAAGUGUAUUGGUAGUAUAUCUGUUUAUCGGUUUAAUGAAUCUAAGGCAAUCGAGUGGUUGUCGAAUAGAGUAUCUGCUGUUUAUAAGGCUUCCUUCCACUGCAAGAAUCCUGUUUUAGUUUCUCAGCUUCGAUUAAUUGCUACUAGUUCGUCUUCUGAUCAGUACGAUGGAAGAAGUGAAGAUUCACGGGUUCCAGAAUUUACUUCUAACUCUAAAGAAGCUCAAUUAUUAUCAACGAAUCAAUUAUCACAUCAAAUAUGUUUAAAUUUAGCUUAUCAAUUAAUAGCUGAUUAUCUUUCAUCUGAUUUAUUAAUAAAACUUCAAGAAAAAAUAGGAUUAAAAACUAUUCAUGAAGUCCAUUUAUCAGAUAGGAAUUCCUCUGAAAAUAUAGAUCCUGUUAAUCAAUCUUUCAAGAAGUCAUUUGAUGAUUCGAAGAAUUAUCAACCUAAAGAAGAUUAUUCUUCAGCAUUCAAGUCCAAUGAAUCAAAGAUCAAUGAGCCAAUUAUAAAGAAAAUUAAACUUGUAAAAGGUGUACAAUCGAUUACAAAAUUUUUUCAUAAAACUUAA